GUUCAAAGGGUGUUCUAACAUGGACAUAGACAUGGACAGGAUAUUCCAAGAGCAGAAGCUAAGCCCGGAGCUCCUCGAAAGAAAAGAAAAGCAGGUCAGGUCUGCUCGAGUCGAGUCGAGUCAAGUCGAUGCUCAUGAAAGAUCAACAAGUGGUGAAGAAAGAAAAAGAGAAAAAAGAAAGAAAGAAAGAAAGAAAGAGGACCGGAGGCAGUAGAAAUCCAAGCCUAAGGCAACCAAAAGAGGCCAUGGCCAUUGCCAUGAAGUGCGCAAACCCCAAAACACACAAUAAUAAUCGAUCAAUCGAUCGAUCGAUCAACCGCCCUGCCAGAAAAAAAAAACAAACCCGCCCCAUGACUCCGAGUUUUGUAUCGCCAAAGAAACAAAUAUGAAAAGGGUAGUAGAUAAGAGGAUAAAAAAGAAGAGCAAAAAAAAGAUGCUUCGGUCAUGUCACAUCAAUACCACCCGAUUCCCCCCCACCC